CAAUUGAAAAGGAGGGGCCAGUAGCCGCGGACCUCGCCAAGACAAUGCAAACUCCAGUGACCAUUCCUGUGCCUGUGCUCCGGCUGCCCCGGGGCCCUGAUGGCUUCAGCCGUGGCUUUGCCCCUGAUGGACGCAGAGCCCCCCUGAGGCCAGAGGUUCCUGAAAUCCAGGAGCGUCCCAUAGCUCAAGAAUCCCCGGAAUUCCAGGAGCAGCGGGCCCGAGCCGCCCUUCGGGAGCGUUACCUCCGCAGCCUGCUGGCCAUGGUGGGUCGUCAGGUGAGCUUCACGUUGCACGAGGGUGUGCGUGUGGCCGCCCACUUCGGAGCCACCGACCUGGAUGUGGCCAACUUCUACGUGUCACAGCUGCAAACUCCCAUAGGUGUGCAAGCAGAGGCGCUGCUCCGAUGCAGUGACAUUAUUUCAUAUACCUUCAAGCCAUAGAGACAUUGUGUUCACUUUUCUGCUUGAGGCUGAGCCACUGUAUCCCAGGCCUCCCAAUGUUCCCGAGCCAGGAACUCUGGGCCGCAUGGAGUUAUGAGCUCCCUUGGAAUUUUCAGCCAAGCUUUAAGCAAGUCUGGACUCCUGAGACCUCCUGGGUCUAGUCAGUAAAAUUCUGCAACUCUAGGAAUUCUAAGAUCCCACUGGAAGGAGUGCUCUACCUCACAGAACUCUGAACCCUACAGAAAGAUGGGCCUGCUGCCAUUUCUUGAAGACCAGGGCAUCGGGGUGGGGUGAUAAAGGAGACAACUUGCACAGGGGGACGUUAUUAAAGAGGCUGCAAAGUUCAGCCACCCUGAAGAUACUCCCCAGUGCUCCCCUCCUGCUAAAGAACCAGUUACCCCAGGAAAAAAAAAAAAAAAAAAAAAAAAA